CGCAACACACAUAUAACUUUCUCUCUCUAUAUCUCUCUCUACUUUCUCUCUCUAAAAAAAACUCUCCGAGAUAAUAACAGAACCAUAGGGUCCAUUUUUCACUUCUAAGAAGAAGAAGAGAAAAAAAAAAACAAACCCUAGAAAAAUCUCAAACUCUUCUUCAUUCUUCAAUAUUCUUCUUCAUCUUCAACACAAUUCAAAUUUCAUUUUUCAUUUUCAUCGUUUUUCUCUUCAAUUUCAACUUCUGGGAUUCAUUUUGAAGUUGUUCGAAGAUUGAACAUUUCACUGGCGAUAUAGUGUAAUUUAAGGACUUUAGUGUUGGUGAGUAAUUAUUUGUUUGUUAAGAAUGGUGCCACCGGGACCGCCGACUCCGAUUGGUGGUUCCCAGUCUGUUUCGCCGUCGCUUAUGAGAUCGAAUUCAGGGAUGAUGGGAGGUCAAGGAGGACAAGCUUCUUUUCCGUCGUUGGUUUCACAGAGGAAUCAGUUUAAUAACAUGAACAACAUGAAUAACAUGAAUAUGUUGGGGAAUAUGUCUAAUGUUGCUUCCAUGAUGAAUCAAUCUUUUUCAAAUGGGAUUCCGAACUCGGGGAUGUCUGGAAUGGGAAGUGGUCAGAGGAGUGGUAUGGAUGCUGGGGCGGAGCAGGACCCAUUGUCUGGUGUUGGGAAUGGAAUGGGAUUUGGUAAUCAGUCGUCGUCGUUUGGACAAUCAAAUGUUGCUAACCCUGGUUCGUCUGGUCAAGGACAAGGUCAGGGUCAGCAAUUUUCGAACCCUUCAGGGAAUCAGUUGUUGUCCGAUCAACAACAUUCACAACAGCUUGACGUUCAAAAUUUCCAACAUGGUCAGCAGCAGUCAGCACAGCAGUUUUCGGCUCCGAUGAACACUCAACAACAUCAGCAGAACCAGCAGCAUUUUCAAUCAAUGCGAGGAGGGAUUGGUGGUAUCGGACCUGUGAAGAUGGAACCACAGGGAAACAAUGAUCAGUUUGGGCAGCAUCAGUUGUCGUCGAUGAGGAAUCUUGCUCAGGUGAAAAUGGAACCACAACAACUUCAAUCUAUGAGAGGUAUGUCGGCUGUAAAAAUGGAGCCCCAGCAUAAUGAUCAGCCAUUUUUGCAUCAACAGCAGCAGCAACAGCAACAACAACAACUCCUCCAUAUGUCGAGGCAAACCUCUCAGGCUACUGCUGCUCAGAUGAAUCUUUUGCAACAACAGAGAAUUUUGCAGUUCCAACAGCAGCAACAACUCUUAAAAUCAAUGCCUCCGCAGCAACGGUCCCAGCUACCGCAGCAGUUUCAACAACAAAAUAUGCCUGUAAGAUCUCCUGCGAAACCAGCAUAUGAACCUGGAAUGUGUGCUAGGCGGCUGACACAUUACAUGUAUCAGCAACAACAUAGACCUGAAGACAACAACAUCGAAUUCUGGAGGAAAUUUGUUGCCGAGUAUUUUGCUCCGAAUGCCAAAAAGAAGUGGUGUGUUUCCAUGUAUGGAAGUGGAAGACAAACAACUGGAGUUUUUCCUCAGGACAUAUGGCACUGCGAAAUAUGUAAUCGCAAACCUGGCCGUGGGUUUGAGGCAACUGCCGAGGUUCUUCCAAGGCUUUUCAAAAUAAAGUAUGAAAGCGGUACUUUAGAAGAGCUACUGUAUGUUGACAUGCCUCGUGAAUAUCAUAAUUCCUCUGGCCAAAUUGUUCUAGAUUACGCCAAAGCAAUACAAGAAAGUGUUUUUGAGCAACUUCGCGUUGUUCGGGAUGGUCAACUUCGAAUAGUUUUCUCUCCAGAUCUGAAGAUAUGCUCUUGGGAAUUUUGUGCUCGACGUCAUGAAGAGCUCAUCCCUAGAAGAUUGUUAAUUCCUCAGGUUAGUCAGCUUGGAACAGUUGCUCAAAAAUAUCAGGCAUGUACACAAAAUGCAGCAGCCAAUCAAUCUGUUCCAGAGUUACAAAAUAAUUGCAAUCUGUUUGUUGCAUCAGCCCGUCAGCUGGCAAAAGCCUUAGAAGUUCCUUUGGUUAAUGAUUUAGGAUAUACAAAGAGAUAUGUGCGGUGUCUACAAAUAUCAGAAGUGGUAAAUAGUAUGAAAGACUUGAUAGAUUAUAGCAGAGAAACAGGGACUGGACCUAUGGACAGCUUAGCCAAAUUCCCUCGGAGAACAAGUAAUUCAUCUGGACAUCAUAAUCAGGCGCAACAGUCUGAAGAUCAAUUACAGCAGCAACAACAGCAUAUGGUGGCCCCCAACUCAAAUGGUGAUCAAAACUCUGUGCAAGCUGCUGCUAUGCAAGUCCCUUCUAACAAUGGUGUGGUAAGUGUAAAUAACAAUGUCAAUUCAGCAUCUGCAUCGACCACCACAAGCACCAUUGUUGGACUUCUCCACCAGAACUCUAUGAACGCUAGACAGCAAAAUUCAAUGAACAAUGCAAGCAGUCCAUAUGGAGGUAGUUCAGCUCAUAUUCCAUCCCCAGGUUCAUGCAGUACAGUGCCACAGGCACAACCAAACUCGUCCCCUUUUCAUUCACCAACACCGUCCUCAUCUAACAACAACCCGCAAACUUCUCACCCUGGCUUAACAUCUGCAAAUCACAUGGGUACAGUAAACUCACCAGCUAAUAUUUCCAUGCAACAACAGCAGGCAUCUGUUUCUGGUGAAGCUGACCCUAGUAAUGAUGCUCAGAACUCGGUCCAGAAAAUAAUUCACGACAUGAUGAUGUCCUCCCAGAUGAACGGAACAGGUGGAAUGGUAGGUGCUAAUUCUCUCGGAAAUGACAUGAAGAAUGUAAAUGGUAUCCUACCGGUGAAUACUAAUACUGGCGUGAACAGUGGCAUCCUCAACGGUGGCAAUGGCAUGAUGAGUAAUGGAGGUGUGAACAGUAAUUCUGGUGUUGGGGUUGGUGGUUAUGGUGCAAUGGGUCUUGGUCCAUCUGGUUUACCCAAUGGAAUGAGGCCUGGGAUGGGAAAUAAUUCAGUCAUGAAUGGAAGGGGAGGAAUGGCAUCGAUUGCUCGGGAACAAGCCAUGAAUCAUCAGCAGGAUUUGUCAAGCCAACUACUUAGUGGGUUAGGAGCAGUAAAUGGUUUUAAUAAUCUCCAAUUUGAUUAGAAAGUGUUGACGAGAGCCUUUGUUGUGCCUGUUUGUGAUCACAUUGUAACCACGCAUGCAUAUACUCACCACUCAACUUUCUUGCUUCUGAAAAACCUACGGUAAAUGCAUAGAGAUGCGAGAUUAAUUAUGGCAACAUGUGUCCCAAACAAAGGCAUAAUCUUGUGUAGCAUGAGGAAUGCUUGGUUUGCUUUCAACACCCCUGAUGAUGGCAGAAUGCAGUCGGGUAGUUAUAGGUCUUUGUACUAAUCUGUCUUUUUCUUUUUUACAUAUAUAUAUAGGAGAAUGGAAAAUUUAUUGGCUGGUUGUUUGGCGGAUGGGGCUGGUUUUUCUGUAUUUUCCGUUGUAACUUAUACUUUGUGUUUUUAAAGUACGUUGGUGGCAUACACAACCUUAUCAGUUGAUGUUUUGGGGGUGCAAACUGCAACUGUUUGGGAGCAUAUGUUCAUCAACAUCAGUGGUGGAUAAGUCUGGCACAGCAAAAUGAAGAAAAGAGGAACUGAAUGGUUUCUUGUUUCAUCAUCAGGAUUUUACACAAUGUAACCUUUACUUGUUCAAAAAGGUAUGGAUACAAAGUAGUACUUUUGAAUGUUUACAAAGGCGGUCCUUAAUCCCUCCCCCUCCAUUUUUGAAGAUUCUUGUUUCAAAGAUUUUAAUGUUAUGGGAAUAUGAGAUUUGGAAAGUAACAUUUCAAUGUUUGUUUCAA